CAGUACUUCCUUCUUCCCUUUCCUUUCACUCUCUGGGAGUGACAGAGUCAGCACACCCCUGAGAACAGAUUCACCUCUAUUUAACCGAGCGAGCUGGCCCAUUAACACAAACUCUGCCAGACUGCCCUGCUCCCCAGCACGCCUCCUCCAGCCUCUCGCCAGUCAUGAAUACCAUCUGGGUGUGCGUCCUUUCGCUCCUGGCUUUUUCUUUAGCUUUCUCAGAUCAAAACACGAGCAACAUCAGAGUUUUCCCAGCAGCCAACCAGAGCAUAGCCGGCGUAAUCCAGGUGAGUUACCUGAACGGCCGAAACCAGCAGCAGUACGCCUUCAACGCCUCUGAAGCCCGAAAGAUCUGUCAGUCUCUCGGACUCAGCAUCGCCUCUAAGGCUCAGGUGAAGGAAGCCCUCAGCAGAGGUUUGGAAACAUGCAGGUAUGGAUGGACUGAUGAACAAAUUGCAGUCAUUCCCCGCAUCCAGGCACUGAUCAACUGUGGCAAGAACCAGACCGGGCUGGUGGCAUGGCGAGCCUCCGUAACGCACCUGUUUGAUGUCUUCUGCUUCAAUGAAUCAGAUGCAUUCAUACAAUUGAAGGAUACAGUGACCGAUAACCCUCUGAGCAACUCCGAGCGCGCUCACUCAGCAAAUUCCACCCCGACAACCGACUCUACGUCGUCCUCUUCCACCCUUCCUCCUUUCUCUACAUUCAGUACUGAAGUCAUGAACAAUAAGGUGGAAUCGGCCCGAUUUGUCAGCAGGGCACAAAGCUCUGCUGGAGGGACGGUUGUGCUCAUCACCUGCAUCUGUGGCCUGCUCCUCAGCACAAUAGCUGUUCUUGCAUACCUAAAACUGGGAAGACACUGCUUUCUGCGCUCGGACGGGAAGCAGCAGCAGCACCAGCAGCAAGAAGAUCCCACCCAGACGCAAGAGUGGAUAUCUGUGAAGACGAUAGUAGAAACUACUAAAGAAGUAGAGGAGGAACAGAGGAUAGAAGUGGACGAUGGUGCAGAAUAAAACUUUUAAACCAUUUUUAUUUUAUUUUUUGGCAUGUACAUAUUUAACAUCUAGUGCAAUCUGCCAUUGAGUGAUGUACUAUAGUUUAGCCACUAGAGGGACAUGUUUACAAUUACAUAUUUUGAGGACUGACGACUUUUUAUUGUCAUAACCUGUUGCUUUUAGAAUAAACAAAA